CGUACCGGGCCCAGUUACUGAGUCAGAGCGGCGGAGGCAGCAGUACUGCCUCGCACCUUCUCCGGGACCAGGUUGGCACGGCCUUGAGACUUUGGGAGACCCGCCCCCCUGGACAGCUAGAGGGGCCGGGCAGCUGCCGGCCGGCCCCCAGUUAGCGUGUCGGCCUGAGCGCGGUCGCGCAAGCCCACCGCCCCAGGAGGAGAUGCCGCGAGCUGGGGGCGGGGAGCCUGGGGAUGCGGCCUGUACUCCAAGGCUCUGGCCUCGUUUUUCCCCGCAAGGACAAAGGCGGCCACUACGGCGGGCGGAAAACAAAGGCGGCCAGCGCUGAGGUCCGGAUAGGGCCCAAGCUGCUCCAAGGGGACUCCCCGCAGCUCGAUGCACUCCAGGUGUCCAUACCUGCGUGGGAAAGGGCGGGACGCACAGACUCGCAGACGCACAGACUCGCUUUCGUAGGGCGAAGUGUGCCCUGGGCCUUGGAGCCUUUUAUAUUAGGCCCGAACCAUGACGCCUAGCGCGGAGGGGUGGGCGGACGAGCGGAACGGUCGGGUCCACUGCAAGCGCAGGGGAGGGAAAGAGGAGCCGGUCGCGACCACUUGCCCGCGGGCGGCAGGGGGAGACGCGCAGCCGCCGGCCCCGACCACUGCGUCGGCCCGCGGGGGUGAUGCGCGGGGCUCCUCUUUGGAGCGAGCUGGGGUCGGUUGAGUCCGGCAUGGCCCGGAGCGGUUUGACACUACUGUUGCUGCCUCUGAUACUCCUGCUGCUGGCAACUCCUGCCCAGGUUUCCCCCGACUACCAAUACUUCGGCGAGCAGGGAGAAGGGGACACCUGGGAGCAGCUGCGGCUGCAGCAUCUGGAGAAAGACUUGGAAGACUCUGCCCUUGGCCCGUGGGGAAAGUGGCGCUGUUUCUGCGACCUGGGCAAGCAGGAGCGCAGCCGCGAGGCUGUGGGCACAGCGCCGGGCCCGGUGUUCAUGGACCGCGAGAAUCUGGUUCAGGUGCGGCCCUGCCGGCAACGAGAUUGUUCAUCCUGCGAGCCGAACGACUGCGACUGGAGGCCCUGAGCCCGGCCUCGGCGAGCGGAGCUCCAGUGACACCCGGGCGGAGCUUGGAAAGCGACCCCUCCUAUCCAGUUCCCCAACCAUAGAGCUCGGCUGUCAGACUCGGGAACUACAAUUCCCAGGAAGCUGCACGGCAGCGACGUCGGCGU